AUGUCCGUGCAAUCAUACAAUACACUGCAGCCCAAGCCGUCCUUAUCUGCUACUAGUGCCCAGCUGAGAGGAGUGAAUGACCAGACUAUGCAGGUCCUGGGUGUAUUUGAGGCUCACUGCUCCUUUCAAUCCCAGUCCACUACCAUACCCAUCUUUGCUCUAGAUGGUGCCAGCACUAGCCUGCUCAGCCGAUCUGCGUGCACAGCACUGGGGCUAGUCCAGCGUCUGGCUGAAGUGCAAGGUCCAGUCCCACUCGUACAGUGUAUGGUUGGUCCUGCUGCGCAGAUUCACUUGACUUCCGACGCCACACCGUAUCACUGCCUCACAGCUCGCAGAGUUCCUCAUCACCUGUAUUCGAAAGUACGUGAAGAACUGCACCGCAUGGAAGAUGGCGACAUCAUUGCGCGUGUCGACGAACCCACAGACUGGUGUUCGCCUAUGGUGCCCGUCCUCAAACCUAACGGCAAGGUACGCAUCUGUGUCGACCUGAAGCAUCUUAAUGCGUCUGUCAAGCGGGAGACAUUUCAGCUGCCAACGUUAGAAGAUGCCCUGUCUUCACUGGCCGGAGCGACUGUGUUCACGACAUUUGCUAACGGAUUCUGGCAAGUCCCACUCAGUCCCGACUCUGCCCGUUUGACCACCUUCAUCACUCCGUUCGGCAGGUUCUACUUCAAGCGACUGCCAUUCGGCAUCACAUCAGCACCUGAGAUUUUCCAGAAGCGUCUCACCAACCUUCUGGACCAGCUCCCCGGCGUGUUCGUCUACAUGGACGAUAUCAUUGUCUCUGGCCGUACGCGAGAAGAACACGACCGUAACCUAGCUGCCGUACUAGACAUCCUGCAGAAAGCCAACGUCACGCUGAACAUGACGAAAUGUCACAAGCGUCAGGCCGAAGUGAAGUUCCUUGGUCACAUCUUCUCCGCCAAAGGUCUCCACCCUGACCCAGCGAGAGUGUCCAGCGUCGCUAAUCUGAAGCCGCCCAAGAACGUCACGGAACUGAAGCGCAUUCUCGGCAUGUUCGCGUUCAUGUCACGCUUCAUUCCCAAUCUCUCGGAAGUCAGCGCUCCACUGCGUCUUCUACUGGGGCAUGACACCGCAUGGGAGUGGUCUGCUACACAACAACAGGCCCUGGACAAGCUCAAACAGCUUGCCACCAAUGCACCCUGCCUCACGUUCUUCGACCCAACCAAGCCGACGGUCAUCAGCGCUGAUGCCAGCAGUUACGGCUUGGGAGCUGUCCUAUUGCAGGAGCAUGACGACGGAAUGCGCCCCAUUGCAUUUGCCUCCCGCAGCCUCACCACUACUGAGCAACAGUACGCGCAGAUCGAGAAGGAGUGCUUGGCUGUUGUCUGGGCUUGUGAGCGCUUCCACGGCUACAUUUACGGCAACUCGUCCCUCACUGUCCAAACGGAUCACAAGCCACUCAUCCCGCUGAUCAAUACGCGUGAUUUGAACCGUGUCCCGAUGCGAUGUCAACGCCUCCUGAUGCGCCUGCUCACGUACAAUCCAGCCGCCGUGUAUGUCCCUGGCAAAGAGCUAGUUGUUGCCGAUGCUCUGUCUCGCGCUCCGCUCGCCUGUGACGACACACCUAGUCUCCAAGACGAGAUCAGCAUCAACCUCACAUCUUACAUCGCUGAGAUCGUGUCGGAUGGUAAAGCCCGUGACAUUGCUGAAGCCACCGCACAAGAUGAGACGCUCAAGCAAGUCCUCCACUUCGUCCAACACGGAUGGCCGUGCAACCCACGUGAUGUCGACGACACUGUGCGCCCAUACUUCCAUGAACGCCAGUUACUGUCCUGUGAGCAAGGUGUGCUGUACCAUGGUUUCCGCAUUGUCAUGCCACCCUCUCUGCAGCCUGAGAUGCUCGAGAAGCUCCACGAGGGACAUCAAGGUGCAACGAAGUGCAAGUCUCGCGCCCGCCAUUCCAUUUGGUGGCCAGGCUUGUCAAGGCAAAUCGACACGAUGGUCGCUACGUGUGAAGUGUGCACCAAACACCGCGUCCAGUCGACCGAACCACUGCAACCCGUCCAACGCCCAACACUGCCGUGGCACACGGUUGGUGCAGAUCUGAUGGAAUUCAACGGCACGACUUACCUCGUCAUUGUUGACUAUCUCUCGCGUUACCUCGAUGUCGUACCGCUGACUGCCACAACCUCGAUUGCUGUCAUCAAGCAUCUGCACCGCAUCUGUGCCGAGCAUGGUUUCCCGUCCACCUUGGUCACAGACAACGGUCCUCAGUUUGCCAGCGAAGCGUUUACUGAGUUCUGCACAGCAAACGACAUCACCCAUCGCACUUCCAGUCCACGGUAUCCUCAGUCGAAUGGCGAAGCGGAACGUGCAGUUCGCACCGCCAAGAAUCUCCUGCGGAAGGCCGAAAGCCUGCAAGAUGCACUCUUGGCUUACCGCACGACACCGCUGAGCAACGGCUAUGCCCCAUGUCAGCUAUUGUAUGGCCGCCAGCUCCGUACCGGUCUACCUGCAACGACUGAGCAGCUGGAACCGAAAUGGCCAGAUCUCCCUAGUAUUCUGGAAUCGGAAACUCAGUCCCAGGAACAGCAGAAGUUGCACUACGACCAACGGCAUGCAGCUAAGCCUCUCGCGACUCUACAGCUUCAUGACCGUGUAUUCAUCACCGAUCUCGAACGGGAGGGCAAGAUAGUAGAGCAAGUGUCCAAUCGUUCUUACCUCGUUGAGUCUGGUCACUCUACUGUUCGCCGCAAUCGUCGUCACUUGAUCCGACUGCCACUGCCAGAAGCAGAGAAGCCGACAGUCGAGGUUGAGUACGGUGGCACAGCAGCUGAUCCAGUCCGUCGCUCUGCUAGAGCUCCUCAGCCUGUCAACCGCCUCAUUGAAUCAUGCUAA